AUGGAGGCCCCCGGCAGCACGCGGGGCCCCAAGGCCGACCUGAGCCAGCGCAGCCAGCAGAUGCAUGUCCUCGUGGGCCUGCAAGAGCAAGGCAGGAAGAUUUUCGCUCAGUCCUGCGAGGAAAAGCUCCGGCAGAACAGGGAGCUGCUCCCCAGCCUUAAGGCGGCCUUGCAGGAGGACUCCAGUAUCCUGGACUUUGUCCUGAAGUACAACAAACUCCCCAUUAAGGAUGCUUUCGGAGAGGGCCAGGAGCUCGUUUCAGCCACUGAGAGCCUGGAGGUGGUCAUAAAGAAGAUCGAGGCCAAAGUCCAUGACCAGGUGAAGGUGUGUGACAUGCUGCUGCACCAGCUGAAGCAGUGGAGCCAAGCCAGGGAUGAGCGCCAGAGGCACCUGCAGGAUCUGCAGGAUGCUGAGACGGAUCCCAGGUGGCAAGAGCCACAGUUGCAGACCAUUCGCCAGCUGGGCAAUGACAUCGAGAAGAUGCUCAUGAAAAUUCACAGUGGAGAGAUCGUGACCAACCUGUACCUGAGGCUGCAGGAAGUCCUGAGGAGGGAGCUGGUGUACCUGCCUCAAUACCUAGACCUUCUGUCUGGGAUGACUGUGAUGUACCACGAGGAGCUCACACCCCGGACUAGCCUCAAAGCCAACGAUGUCAUCAAGAAACUCAUGGCUGAGGCGGGACCCCAGGUCCGUGUGGAGAAGCAGCUCAGGGACCAGUCCUUGGCUGAGCAAAGGAAGCACAUUGAGAGCCUCCGGCACCAGGAGGAGAGCGAAAAGCAGCAGAGGCAGAAACUCAUGGCUGAGGCGGGACCCCAGGUCCGUGUGGAGAAGCAGCUCAGGGACCAGUCCUUGGCUGAGCAAAGGAAGCACAUUGAGAGCCUCCGGCACCAGGAGGAGAGCGAAAAGCAGCAGAGGCAGCAAGCUGUGUCCAUGCUCUCUGCAGAGCAGGACCAGAGCUCCUCGGAAGCGCUGGUGGGUGCUGACGUGGAGGCCGCCAUGGCCAAGAUGCAGCGUGAGGCCUUUGUGACCGACAAGAUGGAGAAGGCAAAGACUGCCCUGCAGUGCUCCUGCCUCUGGGACAUCCCCAGCAGCAUCCAGGCACAGAGGAAAUCUCUGGGGAACUUGCAGCAGCACAUCAAUGAGUGCAACGAGACAAAGAACGUGCUGAAGAAGACACUAGAGGAGCUGGAGUCAAAGCAGGCUAAACUGAAGUUUAACCAGCCCGUCAGCACCACCAGGCUGCGGGAGGAGGAGCUGAGGGAGAACCUGAAGCAGGAAGAGGCCCGGCUGGAGCAGAUGCGAGCCCAGAUGCUGAAGAACCAGAAGCGCCUAAUUGAGUUUGAGAACAUCAUUGACAACAUGUUCCUCCGCCUGCAGGGCAUCCCUGGCCAGGACUCUGGUGCAGUGGUGGGGCUGGAGCAGAAGCUGCAGCACUGUGAGCAGAAGCUGCAGUCCCUGAAGGAGAAGGUGGCAGCCCGGCCUGAGGACAGCACUGAUGAAAACAGUGAGACUUUUGCCAAGGUCAGGAACCUUCUGGAGAAAAGAACUGCAGAUGAAACACAGAACCUGAGGAUUUCCUUUGAGGAUGAAGACACUAUGGAAGAUGACACCUUGGAUUUUGAGGACGAAGACCAUGACUACAUCCCCAGCCGGGAGGACAUCAAGAAGCAGGGGCUGCAGCUGAUCCGAAUGAACACCAGAAGUCGCAAGAAGAAGUAG